AUGGCAACCCGUUCCCGGAGCACCGCUUGUCCCCCGUCCCCUCUUGAUCAAGGAGAGUUGGGACCCGCUAUUUCGGCAACCACCAAUGAGCCAACAAGCCUUGAACCCAAGGUCUAUGGGGAAAUCUCCCUCAGCCGCACAAUCUCCCUCCUCCUGGGAUUGCAAAACCAAGUCCUCCGGCUUGAACAGGAACUCAAGGAGCAAAAAGAAGCCACAAAAGAAGCCCAAGACUGGAUGGGAGCAGUCAACCAAGCCCUCACUUGCAUUGAGGCUAGGGGUGGAACCCCACACACACCAGAAGACCGGAAACCUCCAGCAAUUGAGGCCACGCCCAGGCCCCUACCCAAAACCGACCCUCUUCCAGCGCCUAGCUCCCCCCGUCUUUGCACAACCAAUGCCUGUCCGAGCUCCCCGCAAGUCCAUACUCCCCCUGCACCUACGCCUAUCUGGCUCCAAUCCCCCCAAGUCCCACAACCAGUGGCCCCUGUAGCCACUUAUCAAGCCCUGGUCAAGGUGGACCACCCUGACGCCUAUACGGGGAAGAUAGGGAACAAAGCCCGCCAAUGGCUCACACGGAUGUUGGCAUGGGUACGUCUGAAUCAACGGAUGUUCCCCACGGAUCAGGAGGUCCUGUUGUUCCUCCUAAUGAAUAUGAAGGACGUAGCAGGAGCCUGGGCUCACCCCCAUCUUGAUCAACUCGGGUCCCAUAGGGCCCUUAUCCAAACAGUUGAUGAAUUUAGGAUGGAGUUCUUGGCUGCAUUUGGCAACCCCAAUGCCACGCGAGCCGCCAAGCGGCAAAUCACACAACUCACUCAGACAGGAAGCUGUGCUGAGUACAUCACAAAGUUUAGGACCAUUGCCAUGGACCUAGACUGGAACAACGCCGCCCUUUGUGGGCAAUUCGCACGUGGCCUCCAUUGGGAGGUCAGCCGCCUCAUUGCUACUCAAGAGCGGCGCCCCACAACACUCCUUGAGCUGCAGAACGCGGCUCUGGUCAUCGACAACGCCCUCCAAGAGGAACGCGCCAGUCACCCAAGAGGCAAUAAGCCUGGCGCCCCCGCCACUACCCCCAACAGGGGGACAAGUACCGGCCAACAGGCCACAAGACCAGGGCGCCUCUCCAACAAUCCCAAUUUUGUCUCUGAGGAGGAACGGAACCGCCGCCGGGCUGAAGGCCUAUGCAUCAAGUGCGGCAAAUCAGGGCACAAGUUUGCAGAAUGCCGCACUGGCUGGAAAGCCACACCCAAGGAGGAAGGCGUCAAGAAAGAAGCCGCCAAGAUUGGCAAAGAGUCUGGACCAGAAUCGGGAAAAGACUAA